UUUAAUCAAAUAAUUUUUUUUACAUUGUAUAAAUAUUACAUAUUUAUUGUUAAUUAUUGCCAUUAUUAUAUUUAUUGAUUUCUUUAUUUUUUUUAAUUAUAUAUAGAAUUGAACCAUCGUGAUUUGAAACUCUGACAGAUCAAAUUAUUGAAUUAUUUCCGUCUGAGGAGAGGGAUGUGUUUUACAUUCCUUAUUAUAAAAGUCAAAAGGAAGUUGUUGGUCCACAGGGAAGCUUGUAUAAUGCGUAUAAGUUUUUUAGAAACAAUUUACGCAAAAGUGGUAUAUUAACAGGACGUAGUAAAGAAUCUAAUAUCGGUUAGAUGUUUUUUAAUUAACUGUAGAAAAAUAUUUUUUAUUGUUUUAUUUAUUUACAUUUUUGUAAUAUUUAUCUAGAAAUGUACAAUUCAUUAAACUCUACACUUUCUAUUUCAAACGAAUGUUCUACAACUCAAUCAAUUCAAAAUUGGGAAGAUGAUUUUGAAGAAAGACAAAAAAAAUUAACAUUAUCGAAAAAUAAAAAAGAUCAGAAAGCUUCAUUGCAAACAUAUCUGAAUAGUUUUCCAAGCUUGAAUGCUCCGCUUGUUGUCAGUUUGCUCCAGUCUGAUUUCAAACGCAUUAUAAAAGCAGCAUUUCCAACACAAAAUCUUUCCACUAAAUAUACAACAUUAUUUUCUGCAAAGUGGCCUAAAUGGGCUUCUAAAAUAAUUAAAAUUUGCAGCAGUCUAAAAACAAGAGAGGUCAAGGAAUUUUUUUUUGAAAACGAAAAUUUACUUAAUGAAGGCAAGCAUGAUGCAAUUCUAGCACUGUUUUUACUGCCGUUAUGCCUGACAGUUGUAAGAAAUAAAAGGCAAGCAAGAAAUCAAUCUGUCUCUUUUUCGAAAUAUGACAUUUCGAAAACAUUUAUAUUACAUAUUGAGGAUGGCAAAAACUUAUUGAGUGAGAUUGAAAAUUACGAAUCUUGGCUUGAAUGUCAGCAACAAGUUGUUUAUCCUUACGUAGUUUUUUGUGGUAAAAUAGACCAAAUAAACCAAGCCUUAGUUGUUUUAAAAAAAAAACUUAUUCUAUUCCUGAUCCAUUGGAGGCGAUUGAAAAUUGCUUCCAAUGUUUAGUUGCUUUAAAUUCAUUGCCGUAUGCUUGUGAACACAUAUGGAAUUUCAUCCACAAGUUAAUCUAUGCGGAUGGUAAUUUCUUUCAACCUACUAAUUGCCCAAUAAGUGUUAGUAAA